UCAUCUCCAAAAUCUCCCUACAAUUAAAUAUCGUAAAAACAUAUAAGGUUUAGUCGUGCAAGAAUUGUAGGGAGAUUGAGGAGUGUCGAUAAGCAAAUAUCGUAAAAACAUAUAAGUUUUUACGAUAAGCAGUGUCGAACAUAGUCAUGGCGGUAGCUGUGAUGUUUACUCUGCCAUCACGAGAGCCCAUGACCUUGCCGUCGACCAACCCACCAAGCUCCACAUCUCCACCGACGAACGAUCGUGGUUCAACCCGCCGCUCCCCAUCGGUUACCUCGGGAACGACGUCUUUCCCGCGACACCCACGGCGGAGGCAGGGGAAUUGGUCUCCAUGGAGAAUUUCAGGAAGAAGGUCUACGAAGUGGAUGGAAGAAGAAGAAGAAGAAGAAGAAGAAGAAGAAGAAGAAGAAGAAGAAGAAGAAAAGGGGAAUUUGAUUCUGGGUUGGGGUUAAUUUGCUUGAUUUCUAUGUCUUCUAAUAACAACUCUCUAAUGAUUUUGGGUCGGUCAGCAAUCAGUUAGAAAUGAGGUGGAAAGUAUAAAAAUUAAAUUCAUUAUUUUUUAAUUUCCACGUCGCAUAUUUAACGUUCAAUUAUAAAAGUUGACUGCCACAUAAGCAAGAGUUAACGGAGUUGGACGGAGAGUGACCAAACUUGAACCAUUUAAUUAAUUAGAGUGACCAAGAUUGGAUUUAAAUAUUUCUAGUGACCAAACAUGAACGUUUUUUGUAAUCUCAGUGACCAACAAUACAAUUAAC